GUAAAAAAUUAUAAACGAGGAGGAGAAAUGUUUAAACUUUGCGUCAGUGCGAAAACUUCAAACCCCUCUCGGAGGAGAGAGAGCAAAUCGCGAUCUUGGGCAGUAGUAUGAGUCUCCGAACAAGAUAGGUUUUCGACUCGUUCUCACUUCCCACGAUCUGUCGGAGUCAUUUUUGUCACUGCGACUAGAUUUUUUGGCUUUUUGCGCAUAAUGCUUUCAAAACUAGCACAUCAAUUUCUAUUCCAGUGAUAGCUUUAAGGGGUGAAAAUUACUGGGAAGAACUAUUAUUUACUGCUCCAGAUGUAAGUUUCUGCAAACAUGGUAUUCAGUAAAUUAGCAGAAAUUGUUUCUUCUGCAACAGCUCGAUUGUCAGUGCCAAAGUCUUCUGUUCUUUCGUAUAAAUUGCCUGGAUUUCUUCCUGUUCGAGGUUCCCCUUGUGGUUAUAACCUUUCCAGCCCAGAGAACAAGAAUAGUUUGAGACUCUCCUCAUCCCUUCAAGAUUUGUCUACUUAUCGUCGACUCGAUCCAGAAGCAGGUGACCUUAACCCUGGAAUAGAGAGGAGUUCAAGUCACGCAAUACCUCCAAAUACUUUGCAGAAUGAAAAUGGCGGAUUGAGCUUUUCUAAGGAGAAGGCAUCAUCAGUCAUUCCUUCUAGGCGAAAGAACUGGAUUCGAGUUAUCUGUGUUCUUCUCUGUUUAUUAUUAUUUGCUUGUCUGUCUUUUGCAGUACAAUUUCUGUAUUCUAACUGGUCUCAAGUUCCGUCAAAGUUCUAUGUAGUGCUUGAUUGUGGAAGCACCGGGACCCGUGUUUACUUAUAUAAGGCUUCUGUUAAUCAUAACAAAGAUGACAAUCUUCCGAUCUUAUUAAAAUCAUUGCCCGAAGAUUUCCACAGAAAAUCUGGUUCCCUGAGUGGACGGGCUUACAACAGAAUGGAAACUGAGCCUGGGUUUGACAAGUUGGUGCAUAACAUGUCUGGGCUGAGGGAGGCAAUAAAACCACUCGUUCGAUGGGCCGAGAGACAAAUUCCUAAGAAAUCACAUAAGACUACUUCCCUCUUCCUUUAUGCUACAGCUGGAGUUCGUCGGCUGCCAAGUUCAGACUCAGAAUGGCUUCUUAAUAAUGCCUUGUUAAUACUGAAGAGUUCACCUUUCUUAUGCAAGAGAGAGUGGGUUAAGAUUAUAUCAGGCGUGGAGGAAGCUUAUUAUGGAUGGAUUGCUUUAAAUUAUCACAUGCAUGUGUUGGGGGCUACACCCAAAAAAGAAACAUUUGGUGCACUUGACCUGGGUGGUUCGUCAUUGCAGGUUACUUUUGAGGGCAAACAAGCUGCCCAUGAUGAAACUAGCUUAAAGUUGAGAAUCGGCCCAGUUAACCAUCAUCUCACUGCCUAUUCUCUAUCAGGAUAUGGGCUUAAUGAUGCAUUUGACAAAUCUGUUGCUCAUCUAUUGAAGAUGCAUCCUCACAAAACUAAUGCAGAUCUAGUUAGUGAAAAUAUUGAAAUUAAGCAUCCAUGUUUGCAGAAUGGUUUCAAAGAGCAAUACAUGUGUUCACAUUGUGCUUUUGUCCAUGAAGAAGGUGUAAGUCCUACUCGAGGAGAAAUAUCGGGUAAAGGAGCAAAAGCUGUGGUUCCGGUUCAGCUUGUUGGGACUCCAAAUUGGCAAGAAUGUAAUGCACUAGCAAAAGUAGCUGUUAAUCUGUCUGAAUGGUCGGAUCAUAGUCCAGGAAUUGAUUGUGAGUUGCAGCCAUGUGCACUAGCAGAAAAUCUGCCUCGUCCUUUUGGACAAUUCUAUGCUAUGUCUGGUUUCUAUGUUGUGUAUCGUUUUUUCAACUUGACUCCUGAUGCUGCACUGGACGAUGUUUUAGAGAAGGGUCAGGAAUUUUGUGAAAAAACAUGGGAUGUUGCGAAAAAAAGUGUUGCACCUCAGCCUUUUAUAGAACAGUACUGCUUCAGGGCACCGUAUGUUGUGCUCCUACUGAGAGAAGGAUUGCACAUUACUGAUAGAGAGGUAAUUAUUGGUUCUGGAAGUAUUACUUGGACUCUCGGGGUUGCUUUGUUGGAAGCCGGAAAGGCAUUUCCAAACAGGAUAGAAUUUCGCAGGUACAACAUAUUCCAGAUGAAGAUUAAUCCAGUUCUUCUCUUUGCCAUUUUAUUUGCUUCAUUGUUUGUCCUUGUCUGUGCAUUGUCUUGCGUUGGCAAUGGGGUGGUAAAGUUCUUUCGAAGGCCAUAUCUCCCACUUUUUCGGCCUAGCAGUGGGGCAUCUUCAUCAGUUCUCAAUAUUUCAUCUCCUUUCCAGUUUCAGCAUUGGAGUCCUAUAAAUACAGGGGACGGAAGAGUAAAAACACCAUUAAGUCCAACAGUUGCAAACACUCAACGAAGACCAUUUGAUACUAGACCUGGUUUCAGCAGCAGCGGCAUCCAGCUCACUGAAUCUUCCUUCUAUUCAUCAUCUAGCAGUGUAUCACAUAGUUUUUCUUCUGGCAACUUAGGACAGAUGCAAUUUGACAGUAGUAAUGCGGGAUUCUGGACCCCCCACAGAAGUCAGAUGCGUCUACAAAGUAGGAGAUCCCAAUCUCGGGAAGACCUUAAUUCUUCUCUUGCCGAGGCACACAUGGCGAAGGUUUAACACUGCUUUAUCUGAUUUAAAUAAAUUACCUGGGUUCAAGAAAGUAUUUCACCAAUGAUACGGAGAAUGUAGUUUCUCAACUGUUCUAUCUCGAUUAGCUUGGCAGAGUCUUCUUAGAUGAAUGACUCCCAUAAUGUUUCAAAAGUGGCUUGCUGUAACUGGCUAUAAAGAAAGGAUAUACGCUUUUGAGGAUGUGGAUGAUUUGCUGAAGAACGAACUGCUGUGGUGAAAGAUUCUUGUGCGUGAGUCGAGAAAACUCAUUUGCAUUAGGCGAGACAUCAACUAAAAUCAGUUCAGCCAAGAAGCUAUCACUGGAAAAAUCACUAGCAGAAUUAAGGUCAUCCACUGUGAACAAGUUCAGCCACGACUGUACCAUUUUGCUUGUCACUGCGAAGAAGAUGAUGAACGUAUAACUAUUGGUUUUGCUCACAAGUUGUGUUCCUUGGAGAAUUUUGGGAUCUCACUGUCUAACUAUUGUAACAUUUUACGUUGACAUAAUGAUAGUAAAAUGAUUAGUUUCAUUUUGUAAUACAAUUUUAAGAUGAUAUUUGAUGCAUUUCUUUUUUACUU